AGAGGCUGGGGCCUCAUGGCUCUCUGUGCUCUGACCACAAGGAAGCACUUUUGCAAUAUAGGAAAAGAAGAAACCAGAUUGAUAAAGGAAGUGCUGGUCACUCUGGGGACGGGUGAGUUUGGGGAAGGCUCUCACCCUCCCUUGCUCUUCUGAAGGGGCCUGAUCCUCGCUCUCCGGGUGUCUCCUGACUCCCCAAGGAGGCACAGCCUAGGGCCUCCCUCUGGCCUUGACGGGGCUGCUGUCGCUUCCUCCCCGGGGAGGAGAGUGAGACAAUGGGUCUGUUCCUGCUACUGUCUCUGCUGCUGCUGCCGCCACGUCUGCAGGCCGGUAGAUGGGCAGAGUGUGAUACAAGUAACUACGGAAUCAAGCAACCAGACCGCCUCUCGGCCCCCAAGGGUGGCUCCGUCCGCAUCCCUUUCUCCUUCUAUCACGACUGGGACUUAGCCCCGGAUCCCAGAGUGAGUGUAGCCUUGAGAUGGACACACUUCCAUGGGCAGGUCAUCUACAACAGUACUCAGCCUUCCAUCCAUAAGGACUACAAGAAGCGGAUCUCCCUUGAAUUAUCACUGGGUCAGAAGUCUGGCUCCCUGCAGAUAUCGAACCUGCAGGAGAAGGAUGGGAAUUUGUACUUUUGCCGGAUCCAAGUGGAAACAUUAAGAUGCGGCAGGAAGGUGUGGCAGGCCCUCAACGGGACCAAACUCACCAUCACCCCCGCUUUCAAGACGACCACCACUGCUCCCACCACCACUGCCCCCACCACCACUGGCCCCACCACCACUGACGUUGGUGACUUGGAAGACACUAAGAGUUCAACGUCUUCAGUCCUGAGUGUGGAAGCUGCAGUAGGGGUGGCGCUGGCUGUUGCUGUGCUCAUAAUUGCAAUUUUGGGACUGAUACUCUACCUCAGGCGGAAGAGAAGCAAAGGUCUGAAGACUAACGCCAGAGCGGUACCCGAGGGAUCCGUCCAAAACACGGAGGAGAAGUAUGAGAACAUCGGGAUUAAAAGACAACAAACAGAGCCCCGGCUGGAGCCCAAGCUGGAGCCCAAGGAUGAAGCCCAGGGCGACAACCCCAUCCUCUAUGCCUCCCUCACCCUCUCCAGCUCCUCAUCACGGGCAGCACCUCCCCACCUCCCUCCCAAGGAGGCCCCGCAGGAGGAGACCCUAUAUUCUCUCGUAAAGGCCUGACGAGCGGGACUGGAGGAUGACUGCCUUAGACUGAGCUGCCCAGCGGGUCACAGCCUCUGAUAAUGACCCUGGCCAGACGGGAAGACUCAGAAGCCAGUGGGUGUGGAAGGCCUCCAAGGACCACAGAGAGACAGAGCCAUCUGCUCCAACCCCCUCUCCACCUUCCCAGCCCUUGCCCAGAGAGUCACAGGGCUGGUGGAAUUUGCCCGAAGGCAUCUAAGGAGAAAACUGAUGGCACCUUCCAUUUCUGUCUUCUCCUUCUCACCACGAAUGAAUUAUAAUAAAAGGUCACACCCGAGA